AUGCCGGGUGCAGAAGUUCUAGUUGGAGCAAGAUUGGCCGCGCUGAGUACACAAACGCCAGCUGAUGAUCACAAUAACAAUGAUGACUCUUACGAUGAGGACGGUGCCCAGCAGGAGGUAAUGAAAGCUCAAAAACUCAUCACCAAAUAUUAUGAUGACCUCCAAGAACCUGUGAAGCGCGAGGAACAGUUCGAUAUUAUACUCUCCCUUCUUGUACACGCUGGCAAGAUGCGCAAUAAACUUCCGAAGAAUGCGGAUGGAAGGCAGAGGCAGAGCUAUGAAGCCAUGGCAUUGAUCCUUGAGAAGACUGCUGCCCACUUUGAUUGGCCGAAGGAUUGGCGCUUCGCCAAGAGAAGUGUGUAG